AUGGUCCCCCUUCCUACUCGUUCACUUGGCCGAAACGGGCCUUUGGUCCCUCGUUUGGGACUGGGUCUGAUGGGGAUCAGUGGGACAUAUGGCCUGCCGAGUGCUGACACCGAAAGACUGGCAUUCCUGGAUGAGGCAUACGAGAAGGGAGAGCGGUUCUGGGAUACCGCCAACAAGUACGGCGACUCAGAAGAGCUGCUGGGAAAAUGGUUCGCCGCCAACCCCGACAAGCGACAGGAUAUCUUCUUGGCGACUAAAUUCGGGAUCAAGCCCGUCCCGGGCGGAAAGGGAUUAAAGGGAUUCACUAUCGAUUCGACGCCGGAAUACUGCCGCGAGUGCAUCGAUACAUCUCUUGAACGCCUCGGCUUGCCCUAUGUGGAUCUGUAUUAUAUACAUCGCCUGGACAAGGUGACUCCGAUUGAGAAGACUAUGCGAGCGAUGGUGCAACUCAAGAAUGCAGGCAAGAUCAAGUACCUUGGACUAAGCGAGUGCAGCGCUGAGUCUUUGCGGCGCGCACAUGCCGUGCAUCCCAUCUCAUGUGUGCAGGUGGAGUACAGUCCGUUCUGCACAGCCAUCGAGUCUCCGACGACGCAACUGCUAGAGACAGCGCGAGAACUGGGCGUUGCGGUUGUGGCGUAUAGUCCACUGGGGAACGGUGUGCUAGGCGGAAAGAUCCGUUCGCGCGAGGACGUGACUCGGCCUGGAGACACGCGCGGAAUACUGCCAUGGUUGUGGGAGGAGAAUGUUCAGACGACUGUUCGGGUCGUGGAUCAGAUCGCGGAGAUUGCCAAGACGAAGGGGGUCACCACGGCGCAGUUGGCGCUUGCGUGGCUGCUCAAGCAGGGCGAUGACAUCUUUCCCAUUCCGGGGUCUUCGAAGUUAGAUCGUCUGGAGGAGAACCUGGGAAGUUUGUCUGUCUCUUUGUCGGAUGAAGAAGAGGAAUCUGUUCGGCAGUUGGCCAAGGGUGUUGUUGGCGAGCGGUUUCAGACAAUGUCGGGCUAUGCGUUCGCGGAUACUCCCCCAUUGGAGGAUUAA